AUCAAUGGGCCUAAUGAAGCACGGGGUAUGCAGCGCUCGGUGGAAACCUGGCGUACUUCUAUAAGCCAAUAGGAACUCUUAGCUGUGCAUAUAAAAACGGCCUCACUUUUUAUGGGAUGGAUCAGAACCACCGGACACUGCCAGCAUUCAAAAAAGAAAAUGAUGUCCCUGAAAUAUGCCGCUUUCCUUUUAACAUUUAUAAUAUUCAAUACUGCAAAAGCAGAUGAAAAUAAAAUGAAAGCGGCUGUAAAUGAUGAAAGGCCACAGCCCUUACAAAGGCGGUACUCGGAGGCCAUUUUGGCCAGCGAUUACAGCAGAUCAGUGGAUAACAUGCUGAAAAAGAACUUUGUGGACUGGUUACUUGCCAGAAGAGAGAAGAAAAGCGAAAAUGCAUCUGAAGCAACCAAAAGAGAGGCAGAUUUUCAGCUUCCGGAUGUGAAUAUGAAAGAAAAAGAAGCUCAGGAAGGAUUUGAGAGGAACACAAACUACUUCACCUGGCUGAUGAGGAACAAGCACAGAGAAAGUGCCUACAAUGAAGCCAAAACAAUGCUGAACCAGGAAUUUGUGGAUUUACUGAUUCUAACAGAUUUAUGCAAACAGAGGUUUUCUUAAUUGUUGCUCUAUUCCAUGAUCCUUGGACCUCGGUGUGUAUGGAUGGAGAAUCCAUGGACAGAUACACAGACACUGUAGUUAUCAAUUUGCAUCACUGAUUCCCAACGUAGGAAAUAAAAAUACAUUUCAGACUUCACCUCA